UAUUAUCACUAUACUGUCUAUACUAUACUGUUGCUACUAUAAUACGCAUUGUGGCCGAAGACAGAGGUCGUCGUCGCUACCGCUGACACCAAACCGCUAAAAUGUCCGAUUCGUCUUCGAUUACAAUGCACCGGAAGUACGUUGACCCGUGGGACUUGGACCUGCGAGAGGUGUCAUGGAGGCACUCUAGUGACACGACGGAUUGUUCGGCCGACCACCAAGUAGUGUCACUGUCCUCGGCCGCCGGACCGGUGUCCACGAGAUCCGAAUUCGUGUACGUGCCGGGUCCGGCGAAGAGCAACAAGUCCAGCGCCGGUAGAACAAGGGCUCGAUCGGUUGCCCGGUACGAUUGUUGUCAAUGUUCACCUAGUUCCUCGUCUCUUGCCCUCGUCCCACCAGAUCCAAACGAAAAUCUAUACGAGUAUUGGGAAGCUGGUUGCAAACCACCACCGUACUGCAGGUACCCCGUGGUUGACAAUCAUUUCUACCCGGCCGCUGGUGGUGGAUCUUCGAAACAACAAUGCCGUCUAUUAUACAACGUCUCCAGGCCGGAAGUUGGCCGGAACUCUCGUUACAACGACGGCGACAUGGAUUCUGUACUGUGUCGAGAUUAUGUGACCGGAAGUGGAGAAUACAAUUCAGCCGAGAACGUGGUAACUAGUCAAUUCCGCUACAACACUCUUGGUCAUAUGAAAAUUGAUUACUCUUCCAACUGGAAUAAUCUGGAUAAAUACAUUUGUCAAGUUUAGGAUCAUAUUAUGACUUACAACUUAUCCAUAAUAUUUUUUUUUUAUUUUUACAAGUAAUAUACAAUCUGUAUCAUUAUUGAUACAACAAGAAUAUAUGCUAAAAGUACAUUCACAGGAAAAUAAUUGGAUAAAAGGAGCCACCCAUUGAUGACACUUUCUAUGGUUAUUAAUUAUUUACUUAAAUUAUUUAUUUAUUUUAUUUUUUUAUAUUUUAUUGUAACAAAUCACGACACCGCUUGCGCUUUAGGCGUCUUGGAGGAUUAUCUGGUAUGGUAACGGAGGCUUAUUUUUUGAUAAGUGGAUUCAUUCAUCCAUUGAGCUAUGUAAUACAUAUUAACUGAAAAAAAUUAUUGAUACACCAGUUAUCUGUAGUUAUGUAUAAAUGAAUAUAUAAUUAUUUGUAUGACGUAUUUAAAGGCUCUGAAAAGUAUUCUACACCUAAGUCGUAGCAUAGAUUAAAUGCAUACUAUAUUUAAUCAGUGGUAGAUAAAUUUUCAUAAGUGCAACUGCUGUGGGCAUGUGGCAUGUCCGAAAAUAUGUUAUCUAUUUAAACAAAUAACAAAAUACGAAUUUAUUUAUUA